AUGGCCGACUCAGCCUCGUCCUCUGCGGGUGGCGGCUCCAUCCCAGACCUCACAACGCGAUACAGCGGUGUCCCCAGAAGACUGGCCCAGGAAGCCAUUGACGCGAAGGCGAGGCUGUAUUCGCAAAAGACGCUCCCAGACAGCGUGGCUCGGAGGAGGGCAGUGGUGCUCCCGCCGGACGUGAGCAGGGAGACCUUUGACGCAGCUGUGGCCGAGUUGAAGGGCCAGCUGGGCGACGAGAAUGUCCAGGUCAACGACGGCCCGUUGGUCGACGGGUGGUACAUGGAGCAUCCCAACACCCACGACGCAUACCACAUCGCCGAGCAGGACGAACUCGUCUGCAGCGCCGUCGUGUACCCGGGCGACACGGCGCAGGUGCAGAGCGUGGUGCGCUGGGCCAACACCCACAAAAUCCCCAUCUACCCGAUCUCCAUGGGCCGCAACGUCGGGUACGGCGGCGCGGCGCCCCGGGUUCCGGGGUCCGUCGUCGUCGAUCUCGGCCGGCGCAUGAACCGCAUCCUCAACGUGGAUGGGGACAAUGCCUCGUGUGUGGUCGAGCCGGGCGUGUCGUAUUUCGCCCUGUACGAGGAGGUGCAGCGCCGGGGGUUGCCGCUCUGGAUCGAUUGUCCGGAUCUCGGGGGUGGGAGUGUCCUGGGGAAUGCGAUCGAUCGGGGUGUUGGAUACACCCCCUACGGCGACCACUUCGCCAACCACUGCGGCAUGGAACUGGUGCUGCCGACGGGCGAGCUCCUGCGGACGGGCAUGGGGGCGAUGCCCGGCCGCGACGGCGCCGACAACCCGACGUGGCAGUCGUUCCAGGCGGCCUACGGCCCUUAUGUCGACGGCAUCUUCAGCCAGAGCAACUACGGGAUCGUGACCAAGAUGGGCUUCUGGCUGAUGCCCGCGGUGCGCCACCACCAGUCGUACAUGAUCACGUUCCCGCGCGAGGACGACCUGGAGCGCAUCGUCGAGAUCAUCCGGCCCCUCGCCCAGCGGCGCGUGCUGGGCAACAUCCCCCAGCUGAGGCACGUUAUUCAGGAGUUGGCCGUCACGGGCAAGCCCCGGUCGUAUUGGUACGGUGCCGGGGAGAAAGGACCCAUGCCUCGCGAGGUGAUUCGCCAACACGCCGCGAAGCUGCCCUGCGGGGACUGCUCGUGGGUGUUUUACGGGACGCAGUACGGCGACGAGGCGGCGUCGGUGGCCGCGCAGCUGGACACCAUCAAAGCCGCGUUCGGGCAGAUCCCCGGCAGCAAGUUUCUCCUCCCCUCCUCCCUCCCGGGGGACCACUACCUCCACUCGCGGGUGCAGGUGUGCAGCGGCGUCCCCGUGCUCAAGGAACUCGACUGGCUCAACUGGGUGCCCAACGCGGCUCACCUGUUCUUCUCGCCCAUCUCGCCGACCCGGGGCAAGGACGCGGCCCUGCUGCACCGCACCAUCACGGCGCUCCACGCCCGCUGGGGCUUCGACGUCUUCCCCACCAUGUGCGUCGCCGGCCGCGAGAUGCACUACAUCGCCAACAUCGUCUACGACCGCGCGGACCGCGACGCAAAGACCCGCGCCACCGCCCUCAUGCGCGACAUGAUCCGCGCCGCCGCCCGCGAGGGUUACGGCGAGUACCGCACCCACCUCCUCUUCGCGGACCAGGUCGCCGAGACGUACAGCUGGGGGGGCGGCGCGCUGCGUCGCCUCAACGAGACCAUCAAGGACGCCCUCGACCCGAACGGUGUCCUGGCUCCAGGGCGCAAUGGCAUUUGGGGUCGACGCUUCAGAGGGAAAGGGUGGGAGAUUCUGGAUGGCGAUCGCAGGGAUUUGUUGGCCGACGGGGUCGUGCCAAAGUUGUAG